AUGCUCAUCAUCUCGUCUCGCAGCGCACUGCUGUCCGUCUACUAUCCACAGAUCUUCCUCAUUCUCACCAGUGGUAGCUACCUAGCGCUGUCCUCGGUGGUGGCUCUAGGGGCCAACAUUAUAUGUAAUAAGAUCCCAGGACUGGCCCCACGACAGAGAGCCCUGUGCCAGAGCCGACCGGACGCCAUCAUCGUGAUUGGGGAGGGGGCACAGCUGGGCAUCAAUGAGUGCCAGUACCAGUUCAGAUACGGCCGCUGGAACUGCUCUGCUCUGGGGGAGAGAACGGUGUUCGGACAAGAGCUCAGAGUAGGCAGCCGUGAGGCAGCCUUCACCUAUGCCAUUACAGCGGCUGGAGUGGCCCAUGCAGUGACCGCUGCCUGCAGCCAGGGCAAUCUCAGCCAAUGUGGCUGUGACAGAGACAAGCAGGGAUACCAUGACCAGGAGGAAGGCUGGAAGUGGGGAGGCUGCUCAGCAGAUGUUAAAUAUGGCGUGGAAUUCUCCCGGAGGUUUGUGGAUGCACGGGAGAUCAAGAAGAACGCUCGGAGACUCAUGAACUUACACAACAAUGAAGCAGGAAGAAAGGUCCUGGAGGAGCACAUGAAGCUGGAGUGUAAAUGUCAUGGCGUGUCGGGCUCCUGCACCACAAAGACGUGCUGGAUCACACUGCCCAAGUUCAGGGAGAUUGGCUACUUGUUGAAAGAACGCUACAGCGAGGCCGUGCAGGUGGAGCCGGUGCGUGCGUCUCGCCUCAGACAGCCCUCAUUCUUGCGUUUAAAAAUGGCAAGGGGCUACCAGAAGCCCACAGACAGAGACCUGGUGUACCUGGAGCGCUCGCCCAACUACUGUGAAGAGGACAAAAUCACAGGGAGCACAGGCACACGUGGAAGGCUCUGUAACGGGACUUCCCCUUCCGCCGACGGCUGCAACGCUAUCUGCUGCGGGCGAGGGUUCAACAGCCACCAGUACACCAGAGUGUGGCAAUGCAACUGCAAGUUCCACUGGUGCUGCUUUGUCAAGUGCAACACGUGCAGCGAGAGAUCGGAGGUCUUCACAUGCAAAUGA